UGCACAUCUAAAAUGCAAUUCCAUUUGCAAAUAUGUGCACUUGUUGCACUUGGUGUAACUGGCAUAACUUCAUCAGCAUCUUUACCGAGCAUUUUCAAAAAAUGCAAGCUGGAAGACGAAUCCUGUCUGAAAUCCAGUGCAGAAUAUGCGAUAGCGAAUUUAGGGAACGGUUUAAAGGAGUUGGGUAUUGAUAGUAUUGAUCCCCUGCACGUAGGCACAACAGAGAUACUGCCCAAACCCGGACCUAUGAACAUUUAUCAACGAUAUGAAGAUAACAAGGUGGGACAUUUACCCAAAUUGAAUGUGAAGCAGUUUAGAGUCAAUUUGGAUAAAUGUGAAAUGUCCUUGGAAACGUUUCAUCCCGAGCUACGUCUAUAUGGCAAUUACACUUUAAAAGGGAAUCUCUUGGGUGAAGAAAUCGACGCUCGAGGAGAAGGAAAAGGACUCGUAUGUAAAGAAACGUAG